UUCAGAGUUCUGCAUGCGGCCAUGCCUGACCUUCUUCUAUAACGCCCAUCAUCCCCACAAUCACUCAGACACUUCGCAACAUGUCCAGCCUCCUCUCCCCCUUACGGCCAUCAGCAUCAGUACCAGCACUAUCACCAAAAACAGAGAAAGAGACAGCAAGUAUAGAAUCGACCCUCUCCCAGCUUUCGCAAUACCGCAAUGUCCGGGGCGUCAUGGUCGUCGCCCGACCCUCUCACCCCGCCAAAUCCGGAGCAGAGAGUAGAGUAAGAGAAGGAGAGCGAGAAGGAGGGAUAGUACAGAUUUCGGGUCAGGCGUUUGAAGGUGAAGGAGGGGAGAGGUAUGCGAGGGUAGUAGAGAGGAUGGUGGCUGGGCUUGAGGUGGCUGUGGAUGAAUGCGAAGAAGGGGACGAGCUGAAACUCGUAAGGAUCAGGACGAAGAAGCACGAGCUCAUCAUCACGCCUGCUGAAAAGUAUGUGCUGGUGGUUCUGCAAGACCCGGGAGAAUGAUUCGCUGUGUUGUAUCCGUUUACGACCUUUUGACGACUUUGUGAUAAGUUUGCAUGCACGUCAGUC